UUCUUUUCAUCAUUGGAAUGGUUAUCGCUGAUGAUAAUAAUGGUGGUGAUGAUGUAACGGAAUUAAAAAUUGAAACCUUGGUUAAAUCGGAUAAAUGUGAUCGUUCGGCUGCAAAAGGUGAUAUGCUUUCAAUGCAUUAUAAAGGUACAUUAGAAUCAGGUAUUGAAUUUGAUUCAAGUUAUAAACGUGGUGAACCAUUUAAAUUUCAAUUGGGUGUUGGUCAAGUAAUCAAAGGCUGGGAUGAAGGUCUGUUGGGUGUUUGUCCUGGUGAACGACGUAAAUUGCCAAUACCAUCACAUCUUGGUUAUGGUGAUAUUGGUGCCGGUGAAUUAAUACCACCAAAAUCAACAUUAAUAUUUGAAGUUGAAUGUUUAGCCAUUGAAGAUGGGCCAGCACCAGUGAAUAUAUUCAAAGAAAUUGAUUUAAAUAAUGAUAAUCAAUUAUCACGUGAAGAAUUAAGUGAUUAUCUUAAAAAACAAGUGCCAGAAGGUGCAGCCGGUACACAUGAUUUACCAGAUCAAGAUAAAUUGGUUGAAGAUAUAUUUCAACAUGAAGAUCGUGAUAAAAAUGGUUUCAUUUCACAUGAAGAAUUUUCCGGUCCAAAACAUGAUGAACUUUGAAAAAAAAAAAAAAUGAAAAACAAAACAAACAAAACAGCAACAAUAAUAAUAAUGAAAAUUCGCUCAACAUCUAUCCAUCCAUUUUUAUACUACUUUUAUCUGGCAUAUUGAAACAUU